GUAGAUGUGAAAAUGAAGGCCCAUGGAGGACAAAGGGACUUCCAAAGGUCCCACAGGCAGUAAACCUCAGAGGCAGACUUUGAACACAGAUCCUCUGACUCCGGGAGAACAAACCUUUCUCUUCCUGGUGGGAUGAAUUCUCUCCUCCUUUCUGACUGAGAAGGAGCCUAAAAGACUGUUUGUUAUUCAGCAAAAACCAAGCUGAAUGUCAAAUGCUGGAGAGCAGAAGACCUGGAGGCAGGCACACCAACCAGCCUCUCCCUGCUUGGGCUCCUGUCAGCCAUGAUCUGGACCAUGAAGUGGAAUCACCAGCCAGCUUCCUACAACAGCCCCACUCUGAGUUUGUGCCUCAUUCAGCUCAUCCUUGCCCUUUCUGGUGUUUCUAGCUCAGGAACAUUCACAGUAUCUGGCCCUGUGAUCCAGCCCAUCCUGGCCUUUGUGGGGAAAGACGUCCAUCUCCCCUGUCAUCUCUCCCCAAAGAUGGAUGCUCAAGGAAUGACUGUGAAGUGGGUCAGAGGUCCGCUGGUUGUGCACAUAUACCGCAUGGGGCAGGAGAUAAAGGAAGUCCAGGCCCCUGCAUUCCAGGGGCGGACAGAGAUGCUGAGAGAGGACAUGGCUGAGGGGAAGGUGACCAUGAUCAUCCACCGGGUCCAGCUCUCUGACGCCGGCCUGUACACGUGUUAUUUCCAGAGAGGCACCUUUUACAACGAAACCAGCUUUGACCUUCAGGUAGCAGAAUGCCAGAAAGGAAUAUUCUCUGUGAUUUGCCCUGCUCAGCUCAUUCAGGCCAAGCAGGGGGAAGACGUCAGACUCUCCUGUGAAGUCUCCCCUAAGAUGGAUGCUCGGGACAUGGCUGUGAACUGGUUCAGAAACCAGACCCUUGUGCUCAGGUACCCCACUGGGGAGAAGCUGGAGGAAUCACAGGGUGCUGAGUUACAAGGAAGGACGGAACUGCUGAAACAGGACAUGGCUGAGGGGAAGGUGACCUUGAGGAUCCAGCAGGUCCUGGUCUCUGACUCUGGUCCAUACACUUGCUGUGUCCUGUCACAUGACAAUUGUGAUGAAGCACAACUUGAACUGCAGGUAGCAGAUAAUCUCCCCACAUCUCAGAAGACAUUUACUAUGAUUGUUUCUAUAGUCUUGGUCUUCAUCGGUUUCCUCUUCGUGAUUUAUUUCUUCUGGGAAAGAAAACUACAAAGAACCAGAGCAGAGGUACUUCAACGUCACCAAUUCCAGGAGGAAGACAGAGAAGCAGCAGGGACCAACAGGGACUCCCCUGCCUCUCCUGAGGACCUCCACCUUUCCCCAGGGCUGCCAGCAAAGGACUCUGUCUCUCCUUUAGUGAUCCAGGAAGGGGAAGGUGGAACAUCAUGAGCACAGAGCAGUGUCUAUAAAAACCCCUUCUUUUGUGCCCCUUUUCCUCCCUAGGACUUCUGGCAAUGGUGGAAGGGUAGUGUUUCUCUUCCCACCCACUCCCCCAAAACCCAUCAUCAAAGACAGUAUGUUGUAGCUUGUAGAUGCCUAGGCAAGCCCGAGAGAGCCUGAAAUCUCUGGCCACUUCUGCCCUUACAUUUCCUCUUUGACCAUAUCAUUGACUAACCCUCUGCAGAAGUCAACACUUUACUCCCCAUGGUAUCAUCCUGGAUGGUAGAGACUUCAGAAUUUUGGAUUUGAUUAAGAGUUGGCAAGACAAGAUUUCUGCAGAAGCACCCUGCUCCAAAGAGAAGAUGGCCAUCUCUGAACUGAAGGACUCCAGAGGGCUAUGCCAGGCUGGCCAGGACAUCUGGACCCAUGCACAAAGCCACUCAGUGCAGAUCCAAGGUUCAUCUGAAAUACCUAUUCAGAGGUUCCACACUGGGUCUUUGCCUUCCAAAAUCAGUCAAUUAAUAUUCAUUAAGUCCCUAUAAUAUACCUGUGUAAGUAAGGAGGAUUUUGUUAUCCUUCUUAGAGUUUAGUUUCCUAGGAUCCAUAGCUGUGGCAAUCUCUAGGUGUUAGACAAUCAGUCUUUUUUUUUAGAUAGGUUUCUAAAAGUUAUUUAUUUGUUUUUAAUUUUCAACAUUCACUUCCAUAAGCUUUAAAUCUUUCCUGCCAUCCUCCCCUUCACCCUCCCCAAGAUUACAUGCA